GUCAUUUCAAAGUUCAAUACACCGUAAAUCUCAUCUAAUAAGGCAAGAUGACGAGGAUCUAUUCGGUUUUCUCAAUUCUCUAAUAAAAUGGUAACUGUUCGGAUAACUUGGGAAUUUAAGUUGGCUUAUUACUUUCAGUUGUUGGUGGGUUUCCAUUAAAAACCGUACCAAUCGAUUGAAAAACCAAAAGUGACGCCAUCUGGAACGGCGACCGGAAAAUAAUAUGAAGGUUCGUCACUCGGUAGAACAGCUGCUCCCGUUACUGGUACCUCAAUCUAAGAACGGCUCAGAUCGGAGUGUACAGACAUUCAGCAAAGUACAGUAUUGGUCUUUAACAGGGGGCUUAGACGGUAUGGCUAUCCUUCCAAAGAGAUACUCGAGGACUUUAACAAGACACCAUGCACUCGUCUUUUUCCUUACAUUCUUUGCAUUUGUGUUCAUACAUGCAGCAAGAAAGACAUUCAGUAACGUAAGGACAGCUCUAACUGAAACAUGGACGUUAUUACCGCUCAAUGAAACCAUCUUCUAUAAUGACACGGUGGAGCCUAACGAGGAUCCAUUCUUGGAUUCUAUCGGACAAGCUGAGGUGUUUUUCAGUGUCCUUGAUACAGUAUUUCUUGGUUCAUAUGCAGUUGGUUUAUUUGUUAGUGGCUUCAUCGGUGACAGGCUAGAUCUGAGGCUUGUUCUUUCAUUUGGGAUGUGCAGUUCAGCUAUGAUGAUGUUCUUGUUCGGCACAUUAAGUGAAUGGGUAAAGGUUUACAAUCAUUGGUAUUAUACAAUAUUCUGGAUCAUGAAUGGACUUCUCCAAGGCACAGGCUGGCCAACACUCAUAGCAGUCAUGGGUAACUGGUUUUCACAGAAAAGUCGUGGUUUGGUAUUUGGUCUGUGGAGUGCGUGUGGGUCUGUCGGUAACAUUGUAGGAGCUUUCUCAGCUUCAUUGGUCUUAACAUAUGGAUAUGAGUUCGCAUUCCUUUUGACGGCCCUAUUGAUGUUCUUCUGGGGUUUGGUGAUUCUAUUAUUCUUGAACCCUACUCCUCGCGAUGCUGGAUUAUAUCUCGAUGGGGAGUUGGAAGAAGAAGACGAUGAAGAAUAUAGCGAUGAUGAGAAGGAGAAAAAGUCGACAGCAGAAGAUAAAAGUCCUUUUACCAGCGAGGAUGAACUGAAAUCUGAGAAGAAUGAACUACCUACUUCCAAUAAUCAAGAUGACGACAACAAUGACGUCAAUGAAGAGCAAAGAAGCAGACCUGAACCUAUUGGUUUCUUUCAAGCUUUCUUACUACCAGGUGUUGCUUGUUAUUCGCUGGGAUUUGCAUGUUUAAAGCUAGUUAGUUACUCCUUGUUUUCUUGGCUUCCGUACUACCUCACAUCAAACUUCUCCUGGUCAGAAGUAACCGCUGAUCGGGUAUCAAUGGCUUUCGACUUUGGUGGAAUAAUAGGAGGAUCAAUUGGUGGUUUAAUAUCUGAUUUCCUCGGAAUAAGAUCUCCCAUUGUGAUUAUAAUGCUGUUUGGUUCGAUGGGAUCGCUUUAUGGAUACAGUGUUACUCCAGCAAACAGCUGGAACGCUGUAGUGAUGGCCAUUGCGGGUGCAUUUGUAUGCGGUGUGAAUCACAUGAUCGGAUCUACUGUAGCGGCUGAUUUAGGUCAACAAACAGGUUCUAUGGGUCAAACUAAAGAAGCACUCUCAACAGUUACAGGAAUUAUUGAUGGUACAGGUACCCUUGGAGCUGCUAUAGGACAGAUAGUGAUUCCUACAUUGAAGAUCAAAUAUGGAUGGGAGUCAGUAUUUGCGUUUCUUGUUUUAAUGAUUGGAUCAUCUGUCGUCUUUAUAUCACCGAUAUUCGUAAGGGAAAUACGAUCCAAGUGUCAAUCACGGUCGACAUAAAAAUCUCAUACCCUUCCCUUCGAUCAAAGCACCAACAGAUCAAAACAAGGCUGUUUAGAUGGGAUACAUCAAAACAGACUCCACACUUAGGCGCCAUUUGUUUUCUAUUUUGUUUGUUUCUUCAUAAUGAUUUGAAAUACUUCUCAGCGAAUCAACUUAACAUCUUUUCAUGGUUGUCAUGUAAUUGGAGGAAACCAUGCCAUAGUUGCCCCCUCUCCAUGGAAAAUUUUCAUAGAAAUUUCUUCAAGAUAAAACACUGAGUAAAUGACAGAUGAAAGUAAAGUAAAAAAAAGUCAUGAUAAUACGCGGUGUACUAUAUAAAAAAUACUACUCCUCAUUUUUCUUUCACUCCACCUUUCAAUACAUGCAUGCGCUUUAGUUUGAUCACGUCAUAUACCUGAUCAUUCCUGUAAAAAGCUUUAGAACGUUAUAUGUAGUGAAACAAAAGUUGUAUUUUUAUAUUCUAAAUGUGUCAUAUUAUGAUAACGUUUAUUCAAAUCAAGUGAAAAUCAUAUCUUGUAUCAUUUGUUUAAAAUUCAAAUACUGUUUUAAUGCUUAGAACUUAAAGUUGUAAGAUUUCGUAAAGUAAUUAGGCAUACAUUUAAAACGAAUAUUUAGAAGAACCCCCUUUUCAAGUACUGUAUUUUUAAUCAUUUUCUCACUAUUUUCGUUAUUAAUACCCCCAUCUCACUAGAUGGCGAUUCCACUGCGAUCGUCAAAAAUCGACAAAGCGUGGUAUAUCGUAUAUUGAUCGUGGCUUGAUCUUUUCAAUCUUUUCCGUCGUACCUUGAUCUUUUCUAAAGCGGCAAGGAUCGCCACCAUCUUCCUGGUCGCCACAACAUUUUGAACAUGUUCAAAAUUUACGUAGCAAGAGCGCGGAGGUGCUAAAGCGCAUCACAAUCGAGUCGUGAGCGUAUUACAAACGACAUAUUAGUAGCUGUAACGGAGCUCUAACGCAUAAAGCGUAGUAGAAGCGCAUUAAAAGAAUUUGUUUCGCCCAAUUUGUCCAGCUAACGCGGUUUCCAACUGUGCGCACAGCUGAUAUGCGCGCAUAGGGCGGGUGUACACGCAGAGCGAGCAAAGGCGAAGAGUUGGGCAGGGGGGGGGGGGGCAUGCAGACGCUUCCAUUAUAACAAAAAGGGGAUAUGUUUUGCCCUUGACCCUUGAACCUUGAAGGAAUAAUCCCUUAAGCAGCUCUUCCAAGCUAAACUGGGAUGGGAUGUGCUGUGGCAGAAGGUGAUGGUGCAGACAAUUUUGUUGGAAUUCUAUUUACAAUAAAAGUGAAGUGCAAGUAAAAAUCAUGCUCCUAGUGCUUACAGCAUCCUAUAGGAGGCUUUAACCCUCUGAUGACAGGAAGGGUUAACAAUACUGAUUAUAUGUACGGGACAAUCCAGUGCAUGGAGUGUCACUGUCACAGUACAGACACAUUCUUUCACAUUCCUCACAUUCUUUCACACACACCGUAACUUCGUAAUUGCUCCCGGCCCAGACUAGACGGGUACUCAACACCCCUAUUUGCCGUUGGUACAGUCUACUGACCGUUCAGCUGCACAGGCCACGGCACAAAAACAAAACUAAUACGUGUGAAGGGGUGUGAAUACUUCCAAAUAAACGAAGUGCACGUUAUUUAAAUGCGAUAUUAAUUCAUACUGCUCGUUCUACAGAUGUUAUUUUUCAUGUCUGUAAUAUUCAAAUUAAAAAAUGAAGAGAAAAAGUGGCGUUUGCUAACCAUUAAAAUGACAGUUGUUUCCAGGCCACUGCACUAGUUGCCCACACGCUAUAGGUUUUGUGUGCAGUAAUCGCCACCGCGGUUUCUUCCCGUUUUGGCUAAUCUUCUAAGGGAACAUCUGAUUAGACGUGAAAAUAGGAUGAACUUUUAUCCAAUCCAAAUGACCCUUAUAUCAGAAAAAAAGCUGAAGUAAUUAAAGACUCUUUAUUUUGGCGGUUCUACCAAAGGUUCGUCUGCUACCGUUUUCAAGUAACACUGAGAUGAAAACCCCCUAAGUGAGAAAAACAAGCGAAUUUCACACAUAUCGCGCACAAAAAGGGAAAAAUAGAGCAAAAUGUUACUUUAGAAAUGUGAAAAUUGACGAAAUUUGGUUAUUUCAAAAUUAAGUAAAAAAUAUAUUGUGGGGAUGAGAAAAUGUUGGGGAUUUUAGAUCUGGUUCUGCCAAAGCGGUUUUCAUACAUGAUAUUAUGUUAUCGCAAUAGUAAGCGACUAAUUCACGAUUUUUCCCAUAGGCGUAACGUUACGAUACUUGUGAGUUUGGGCGGCGCUGACGGGUGAUCGCUUAACUGAACCAUGAAAUUCAUAUGCCAAGACAAUACUGCCACGCUGCUUCCGUUUACAAGGCGACUGCCUUGCGCUCCACACGCUUCACACCGCUUCCACUGCGACGCUUUCUUCUUUGGGUGGCAUGUGGCACAUGUUCUCAGCCCGCUGCAGGCAUUCACUUUGCGCUUUUGCUGCGCCGCUGAUGACUGGGCAGCGAUUGCACAACGACCGUCCGCGCUGCUAUAAAACGCCAUGCCGAUGGUGGCGGAUUAUCACAUUUGCAACAGACACGAGACACCACGACGUUUUCAAACAUGCCUCCCAGAAAAAGGACCAAAAAGGUAAAGCUGCCCAAGCUACCCCUGAAAAUCUUACUGCUGAGCCAGCUGGAAAGAGAAAAAAGGAUGCUCACAUGUCUUGAUGACGAAAUUGAAGAAUGAGGCAGUGUCCUCCAUUCUUAGCUCUGCCAUCAACCUGUUUUAAUGUCCGAAUUCAAGUCUUCUUUUUGCAGACAGCCAGGAUCGGACCCAGUAUCUUUUUGGCCUCCUUCUCCUGUCCUCGUAUUCAACUUCUAACUGAUAUUGUUGUAGAAUGCUAACGUGUAUAAGUCCAACCAAAUUCUGAACAUCCAUCUUGGUCGGUGGUUGGCAAUCGACUGAAGAAUGUCUCAUGUGCCGCGAUUAAUAUGCCGAUUGCUUGAAAUCGUUUCAAGAGCCCAUCGUGAACGUAACACAAUCGCUCCAUUCGUAGCACCACCGUAGCGAGGUCCUAAUUAGCGUAUGAGCCUCGUUGUACGGUCGCUUUGAUCGCAGAAGCAGCGCAUCACAUCUGCCCCGAAUCGUGGCAAGAGAGUGGCAGCGUCGUACUAUCAGCGUAUUACCAUCGCCUUCAGCGCAGGUCGGUCGCAGUGAAGUUGCAGUGCAAUCGCCUCGCAGGCUAAAAAUAGGAUUCGAGGAAGAUUCUGCUAUGCUUUGCGGGAUUUACACAGAUCGCCAUGGUCGCCUUCCCAGUGAGAUGAGGGCAUUACCCACCUCUUUUUCCACACGUGUGUUCCUAAAAUACCAAUUCAUCUACAAAAUAAAUUCUACUUUAAAAAGUUUAAUUAUUUUGACAACCAUUAGAGAUCUCGAUUUGAUUCACUAGCGUAUUUUUGGAAUGACCAAAUAGAUUAUUUAUAUUAAUUAUUGCGUCUGAUUGUCAAUUCAAAAUAUCAAGAUUACAGACAAUGGAAACAUCCAUCCAUCCAACCAACCACCCUUACACACAAACAAAGACAGCUUUAACUUUGCUCACUUGCCAACGUCAUACUGGGAGCACCUCUAAAGGUGCACAUUGAGAUAAACGGUCGUAAAGUUGUAUCUUUAAAGGUGUUCCCUAUUAUGAAAGAUUUGAGUAGAUGUUCACAGUGAUCUGCUCCUUUCAUUUUAAUAAGAAAACCAAUAUCAAAUGUGCCAAGUUGAAUCUAUUUUUCUCUGAGUAUACGAUUACCAUGUUUCCUUCAGUUUUUUAUUUUUUGUUCUCAAAGAUGCAUGAGGAAGUAUUUAAUGUGUCAGAUAGCCAUAUGUACUCGUGUGUUGACACUUAAUUCGCUCGCUAUCUUCAUCAUUCUUUAUAAAAGGCAAAGGAGUGACCUUACUUCAUAAGUUACAAAAGACUUAACUUGUGAUCAUUUCUUACGCUAGAUGAAAUAUCAACAUAUAGCUGACUUAACGCCUGAGAACAUGUUCCGGUCUUGCGCUGUCGCUUUAAACUUGACGAACAGCUUUCUGAAACACCCUCCUGGCCUAAUACUUUGUCCCUUUAAAUGUUGAUUAAGUACUUUAUAUUCCACGAGAGUAUUAAUUGCUGCAUGAUUACAAUAAAUUAUAAGCAAGGUUAAGAGAUCUA